GUUGGUUAGUGUUGGGAAACACUUUCAGCGACAGGUCUGAAAUGUCUCCGAUAAAGGACUUAAAUGUGACUUAUGAAGCACUCAACGAAGAAAACAGUUUUUCUGAAGGAGAUGAAAUAGUAGGCACAGUUAGUUUCAGACUGACAAAAGAAGUCAAAGUCAAGAGCGUUUAUGUGAAGGCUAAAGGAGACGCUAAUGUACACUGGACUGAAGGAAGUGGAGAUGACGAGAGAUCGUACAGCGAUCACAGGAGAUAUUUCAAACUGAAAGAAAUCAUGUUUGCGGAAAAUCCUAAAGGGAUUUCACUUCCCAAAGGGGUCCACAUUUCUAAGUUCCGGUUUAAAAUCCCAGAGGGGACCAUGCCAUCAUCCUUCAGUGGAUGCAGCGGAAAAGUUGUCUACAUGAUUGAAGCAGUGAUAACCAGGAGCUGGCGGUGGCCUUCUAAAGUACAAAGAGAAAUCAAAUUUAUUUCCAAGUCCUUUCAACACACUGCCCAAGUGAUGUGUCCACAAUCUGGUUCAGUGAGUAAAAAGAUGAGUGGUCUCUCCAAGGGAGAGGUACAACUGACUGCUACCAUUAACAGAAGAGUUUGCUUUCCAGGUGAAACUUUAUCUGUUGUUGCCAAAAUCCACAACUCCUCUUCCAAGGACACAAAGCCCAAAUUCAAACUUCAGCAGCAAACAGUGUACCGUGCUGGCAGCUCUACCAAAUACAGUGAGAAGACUCUGUUCAAAAUGGUCGGGGACACUGUCAGUCCAAACUCAGUGGUCUCUGCCUCCUGCCAAAUGAAGAUUCCUCAUGAUGUCCAAAUCCUCCAGAACUGUGACAUCAUCUCAGUUGAAUAUUGCAUGAAGGUGUAUCUGGACAUUAGUUUUGCCUUUGACCCAGAGGUGGUGUUUCCACUGGUCAUCAUUCCUUCUAGAUUUGCUGCCAUGCAGUCUGGUGAGGCUGGGUGGGCUUACCCACCCGGGGUAGCUGGGGCUCCAAGUUACAGUGACUUCAUCUCCCCUGCCUUCCCCGCUGGAUUUGAUCCUGGAGCCACAGGGUCAGGUGCUUAUCAGUACCCCGCUCUGGAUCCCACUCAGCAUGCCAACAUAACAAGUGGCAAUUAUAACCAGUGGCCACAAGGUGCUGCUUCACAGGGGUUUUCAGCUCCAGCUUUCACAUCACAUUCCAUGCAUAAUCCAGGGCCUACUGCUCUGCCUCGGUUUCAGCAGGAAGAACAGCCUCCAACAUAUGCAUCUCUUUACCCCCCACCACACUGAAACCUGCAGAAGCUAAACUGGAUACUGAGCAAAUAAAUGAUCACGAAUCCACAGCAUGGUCUUUGCCUAGUUAUGGGGGUUAGUUAUACUCCUACAAAUUUUGAGUUCAUCCAAUACUAUUGCAUUUACAUACUGGCUGACACACACACACACACACACACACACACACACACACACACACACACACACACACACACACACACAUACGCUCCCAAAACCAUAACCUCCACGGCAGGGGUAAUAAUACUUAGCAUGCAGGUUGGUGUUGGUUGGUUAAUUAAUGAAUUAAUUUUUUGGUCAGGGGUGCAUGCCUGCAGGCAACCCAUAAGUAAACCUAAGAUUUGUUGUGAAUGCUACUUGACUGUUUUUAUUGUGGGUUAUAUUGUAACCUUGUCUCACCUUGGCUUCUUGUCUGUCAGUGGGUUUUAUUGUGACGUGGUUGUUUAUGGCAGUUAAUUUCCCAGGAGGUGCUGGCAUUCAUUUUAUGAUAGGUUGUUACUCUUUAGUUUAGUUGAAACAAUUGCUAGCAUAGAGAAGUUCAUAUCCAGAUACAUAUUACAUUAUAUGACAACUUCUAUUUUUUUUUUAAUGCCAUUUUAGUUUUAUUGUCACACACACAGACAAAGUGGAGGUUUAAUUGCAUCUCAUGUCAAUAAAGGAUCAUCUGCAGUCUAAGUGCUUCCUCAUGAUAGCCACACUUUUUAACAACUUGACAAAAUUAUGCACUCCUUAAAUCCAUUACAGCAGCUGUUUUCUUUUGACAUUUUCUGUUGUUUAUCUGCAUAUUUAUUUUACCUUUUUUUUUUUUAAAAAAAAAGAUCAUUUUCUAAUUUAUCCCAAGAUUUUCACACUGUUUAUGUUAUCAUUGUAAUUUAUUUUUCAUUUUUAAUCAUGUUGAUGUGCCUUUCAUGUUUUGAAUUAUUUGUUCAUUUGUUUUUUGGAGGAGAUCUGUAAUAACUUUGCCUGGGAAGCACUUUGGGCCAGUUGCUGUUGUUUUAAAUGUGCUAUAUAAAUAAAAUUGACUUAUGUGUUCAGUGUUUACGCUCA